CCGCCCGCUGAACCCCCCAAUGGACUUGGCUUCGGACGUAGGAGUCCGUCACUCGGUCGUUCUCUCUAGCCUGGAAAUUCGUCAUCUGGUUGACUUCUCCCCCGCAACCACUUCCAUCGCUCGGGAAAUCCGCUUCUGUGUGAUCGCCAUUGUGGUUGGGUGGACCACCUCGCGCGUUGUCUCCGCCUUGUUGAACCGAAGAUCCUCAUCUGACCAGUAGCAAGAUACUCCUACUACUGGCUUGCUCAGAGCUCCGGCCGUCUUCUUCCUUCUCUUUGCAUCAGACACUUGAUAUUCUUCUAACCAUUGACGGCUUCUGCUGUACUUUGGAUACAUUUCCUCUUAGCAUUUUCCCCCGUUGUUUGAAAAGUAGUAACGGCAUCAUUUGCUUUACGAACCUCCAAUUGCAUAGACAUGAUGAAGAUCUCUGCUUCCUUCUUGUCCUUCGUGGCUGCUGCAACAGCUCAGUCAGUGAUUGAAGCCUCCAGCUUUGGCUUUGGCCAGACACUAUCCCCAAAUGCCGAUUCCAUUCCUGGGUGGCAGACUGGAGGAGAAUCACACUCCCCCGACAUUCUUUCUAACAAGAUCAUCCUGACACCUCCUUACCCCGGCAACACGAGAGGGUUUGCUUGGUCACAAACGCCUGUCUCCCAGUUGGAAUGGACAGCCGAGUUCCAAUUCCGAGCAACUGGUCCCGAAAGGGGUGGUGGUAACCUCCAGCUCUGGUAUGCCAAAGACGGGAAAGAUAGAAUUGGCACUUCUAGCAUCUAUACCGUCAACCAGUUUGAUGGAUUUGCUCUCGUCAUUGACAGCCAUGGUGGAAGGGGUGGUAGUGUCAGAGGUUUCCUCAAUGACGGCACAACGGACUACAAAAGCCAGAGAAGCGUUGAUAGCUUGGCCUUUGGACACUGUGACUACCCUUACCGUAACCUUGGGCGGCCCUCUACCGUUCGUCUAAAGCACACCAAGUCUGUCUUCGAGGUUACUGUUGAUGAUAAGCUGUGCUUCUCAACCGACAAGGUGGUCCUCCCGGCCGGAAAUGUCUUUGGUCUAACAGCAGCAACCCCUGAGAACCCCGAUUCUUUCGAAAUCUUCAAGUUCGUUCUUCAGUCCGUCGACUCGGGUGCAGGCAACACCGUGCCCGUGCAGCAGCAAAACACCUACCAGCAGCCCAUUGCCACUCAGGAACAGGCACAGGCCGUGCCCCAACAGCAGCAGCAGCAGCAGCAGGCUCCUUCAGUCGAUUCUGGCGCGAUUUUCCAGCAAUUCGUCGACCUGGGUAACCGCAUCCAAGGCGUCAACCAAGCUACCGAUACCAUCAUUCGUGAGCUCGGAAACCAGGGCACCAAGAGCGAGAACCGCCAGGUCGAGCUUCUCCAGCAGUUCGCCAACAAGGACCAAGUCGCCAGCCUGGACGCCAGACUGCAGAAAAUUGAACAGAUACUGGAGGCUAUCCAGCGGGACCUGGAAGGCAAAGACUACCACAAGCGCUUCAACCAGCUGCAGGAAACCCUGCGCUCGUCGCACCUCAGCUUGACCGAGAACCUCUUGGGGGUCGUCACCUCCUCCGCUCCUCGCAUGGGCUUCUUCAUCUGCAUGAUCAUCGCCUUUCAAGCUCUCUUGGCCGUCGCCUACAUCGUCUACAAGCGCCGCCGUGCGAACAUGCCCAAGAAGUUCCUCUGAGCUUCCUCUCACUCUCACCUGAGAUAUACCUCCCCAACACACCACCCAGCAACUUUCCCAAUUCUGCGGAAACGAUAUCACGAGACCUGAUAGCGCCAUUGUACGGUGUUCUGUUCAACCCACAUCAUGUGUUACUCUGCCAAUCUGUUUUAUAGUAGCUAACGUUGUCUCGCAUUCCUUCUUUUUACCUGUCGUGUAUCUUGUACAUUUUAUAUUUGAGCUUGCAAAUCAGUUCCGGGCGCAAUCUAGAUGGGUUAGGAGAACCUUGAUUCAUGCAAUGUGCUUCACCUGCUAUAUUUACCCAUAACCCAGAUGCAACUCGCAGGUUUCAUCUGCCAGUGUAAAUAAAGUAACAACCCCGUGAGAAAUAACAUAAACAACAACAGCAGCAACAGUGGUUAAAAUAACCCCCCAUCAUGGCCAACAAAUACACAUCGAUGACUUAG